UAAAUUUUUUUCUUUUUGGUGUAAACGUAUCAAUAAACCUUGGUAAUCUACAUUUUUUACAAACUUGAAGAAUACGGUUAUUGAUUUUAAAUGCAGUUACUUUUUACGCAAAAGCAAUCAUACGAACCUUAUGGUGAGAAUUGUGGGACCCACAAAAACUAACGGUGUUAAAAGUAUAUUUUGAGAAAUAAAAAGUUAAAAGGAGUCAAAGUCUCUCUCCACUAAUUCUCUUCAACACUCUCUCUACCAGAAAAUUUGUUUCUUUCCCGGCGACGAAUAGUUUCGCCGGAGCCGGUGAGAAAACGCAGACGAGCUCGGAGAAGAAGAAGAAGAUCGAUCAGUCGUUUACUGUUCUUGACCCUCGGGAAGGAUGAAUGGUUCACGUAAGCGAUCAAUCGUCUACGCCAUUCGAGAUUACCCACUUGGCUGUGGAACUCACCCUCAGAGAUCCAUCAAGAUCCCAAGAACUAGUGAUGUCAAGCAAGAAGACCCUGCAGGGUUUAAAAUCUCUGUUCGUGAUUGCGAUGUUGCAGCUCCCACACGUGAGAGAAUCGGUCUCAAACAAGAACCAGCAGCGUUUAGAUACUCUCUCCCUGAUCGUGUUCUUGCGGCUCCAAGGUUUAAAGGAGCUUGCUCCAGACAAGAAGCAGCUUUUAGAAGCUCUGUUCAUGAUUACGCUGUUGCAGCUCCUACACCUAAGGGAACAUGUCUCAAACAAGAGCCAGCCUUUAGAAACUCUCACCAUGCUCCUGUUGUUGCAGCUCCAAGGUUUAAAGAAGCUUCUUCUAAACAAGAACCAGCGUUUAGAAGCUCUGAUCAACACGGUCUCACUCCUCGUGAGCAAGUGCUUGAGGUCCUGCGUCUUUUCAAAGAUGUGUUCAGACAGUUGGACCGAGAUAAACAAGCGAGACUCCUAGGCGGAGACUUAUUCGACGCUACAGCUAGAAUAGACAUCCGAACGCUAGAUGUGUUGGAGAAAAUGGGGAAACAAGUCAACACAGAGAAGAGAAUCGGACUGGUUCCAGGAGUCAACGUUGGAGACGAGUUUCAGUACAAGACCGAACUCCGUCUUGUCGGCCUUCAUUUCAAGACCAUGUGCGGGAUCGAUUACAUGAAUGUCGGAGAUGUUAAGCUUGCAACAAGCAUCGUUUCCUCGGAAGGGUAUGGUUACAGCGAUAAGUUUGGUGCAGGUGUUGUGGUUUAUACAGGUGAAGGAGGUAACGUGGUGAGCAAGGAAAAGAAAACUGAAGAUCAGAGAUUGGUUAAAGGGAACUUGGCUUUGGCUAAUAGUAUGAGGAAGAAGAGCUUAGUGAGAGUGAUACGUGGUGAAGAGAGGCUGGAUAAGAAAGGGAAGCGGUAUGUGUAUGAUGGAUUGUAUUUGGUUGAUAAGUACUGGUUAGAGAAGGAGGUUAGAGGUACUACUGUCUACAAGUUUAAGCUUUGUAAAGUCCCUGGUCAACCUCCUCUCUGUUGACUUGAGAAGAAUUACUUUUAGAUGUAUGAAAUAAAUUUGAUAUUGUGCAAUAAGAUUUUGAGGGGACAAGGUCGAUUUUACU